GUAUAUUUGUUAUUUUUCGAAGGGACUGAUAUUUUUUGUCUUGAAUUUUUAUUUUUAUUUUACGUCGAAAUAAAUGAAUUUAAUGAAGUAACCGUGAUUCUGAUACAAAUGGGGGAUAGUCGUAUUUUGCAAAUAACAUUGGAGAAAAUAUGGGUCAAAUCGAGAACUGGUGAACUAAUCUCCUUUCUAGAUACAGCUGGCUUACUACUCGUAGCUACUAGAAGAACAUACUUCUGGUCCAGCUGAGACCUUGGGAACCGCAGAAACGAAGACUCCCCGGAUUUAUGAUGCCACGAUAUGCUCACCAUUUUGGUUUCGUUGAAGCCGAAGGCAACCUUCGAGUGUCCCUCCGCCUCCAGCUUGAGUUGGACUGAAAGAAAAGGAAGAGGGAAAGGAACAAGUUCUUCGGUGCCUGUGCACAGUCUAGUUCAAGACUCACGAUGAUAGUGAACGUCCCAUGAAGAUUCCUCCGUUCGGCCGCCCUUCUCUGCCUAAACCAGAAACUAAGUAGUGUCACCCAGUGUGUGGACACCGACCACCAUUAUUCGCACGGGUCGCGGGGACCAACGACAGAUUUACUUUGCCAAGUGUUCCUCGUCGCACUCAGACAACAUGAGGGUAAAAGCUGAAAAAACGAAAUUGGUACCGCCGGACGGAGGAUGGGGAUGGGUCGUCCUCACCUCUGCACUUGUUGUAAACUUUCUUAUCCCCGGAACAGUGAAGUCGUUUGGCGUCCUAUUUGUUGAAUUCCUUCACGUUUUCAAAGCAUCCUCCACUGCUGCCUCGUGGAUGACAGCUUUAUGUUACUUCCUAUAUAAUUCUUUAGGCCCUCUAUCAGCUAUACUGUCCAACAGAUACUCCUACAGAACGGUGACCAUCAUUGGUGGAGCAUUUGCAGCUUGUGGGAUGAUGUCAAGUUACUUUGCCAACUCGGUUUCCUACUUAUAUGUUAGUUACGGCUUAAUGGUUGGAAUCGGAGCUGGCCUAACGUUUCCACCGACGGUGUACAUCGUGACUGCGUACUUCCAGAGACUUCGAGGAUUCGCCAACGGUCUGUGCAUCUCUGGCAGCGCCAUUGGGACUAUCGUACUACCUCCGUUUUUACAAUAUCUCCUUGACUGUUUUGGAUACAGAGGUGCGGUCCUGAUAAUGGGUGGAAUUACGCUAAACACGUUAGUCUGUGGCAUGUUGUACCAUCCAGUGGAACAACACAUGAUCGCCGUCCCAGUAGAAGGAGGAAUCGAUAACAAGGCAUUGACUAUGGACGAGUCAGACAUUAAUAAAAAAAAAGAGACAGAUAACUCGACAAAGCUCAGUGUAAUGUCACAGGAUGCCAAAGACACGGAGGACAGCACCAAAACUAAGCAACUGGAGAUUCUGUCGGAACUCCUCGAGAACACAGCAUCCACUACCGAAAGUAACGACGCCAAGUCGAAGAAGGAAGAAAACUGUGCCGACGAAAACCUCCAUAUGACGGACGACCCAAAAGUGGAUCAAUGUAUAGAAAACAAGAACGAAGAGACACUCGGGGAUGAAAAGGAUGAAAAGGAUGAAAAGGAUGAAAAGGAUGAAAAGGAAGAAAAGGAAGAAAAGGAAGAAAAGGAAGAAAAGGAAGAUGCAAAUGAUGAAAAUUCCAACAAGAACAAGGGGAACGGUCUACAUUAUCAGAACGCUAUUAUACUACAGCGUGGCAGUCAUACAUCAGAAACUAACGCAACAGCCAAUAAGAACAGAAGUUUUGAAUUGAAUAAACAAAACAAAGAUGAAAAAGCCCUUGGAAGCUCUAAGAGUAGUUUGAAUGACUUAUCAUCGGUGAAAUCGAUGUCUGGAGAGCUGAAGACAAAGCCAAAAGACAAAUUACACUUCUUUGACCUGAGCGUACUUAAAGAUCCAAUCUAUUUGGUAAUCCUGAUCUCAAACUCUACCUCAGCGAUUAGCAAUACCAACUUUAUGAUCCUCCUUCCAGCGUAUGCUAUUUCCCAAGGUUUCGAUAGGCACUCGUCGGCUUUACUUUUGUCAGUGGUUUCCGCUCUUGACUUGGUCGGAAGGAUCAGCGGCGCUUCGCUAUCGGAUAUCGACUUUGUACCAAAGUAUUACUAUUUUGUUGGCGGGCUGGGAACUAGCGGAUUGGCUUUGGCGCUGCUGCCAAUGGCGAAGAGUUACGCGAUGCUCUCAUUUUUCUGUGCGUUGUUUGGAUUGUCCUCUGGUAUGUACAUUGGUAUCACGACAGUGAUCCUGGCGGACAUGCUGGGCACAGAGAAACUCAGCUCGUCCUACGGAAUAUCCUUGUUCGUAAACGGAGUCCUCCAACUGGUUGGUCCGCCUGUUUGCGGCGUCAUAUAUGAAUCCGUAGGGUCAUAUAAGCCAAUAUUUUUAUCGUUUGGUAUUAUACUCAUUCUUGGCACCGCGUUAUGGGCAGCCGUGCCCUUAAUAAAAAGGAACCAUAAAAAGGAUCUGGAGUCCGUAUAACAAUAUAUUGCUACUAGUGUUAAUAGAAUUCGAGUAGUUUUGACUAGGGGAAGAGAAAUAAAAGUGGCAGAACACGUGAAAUGUUGGUACUUUUACAAAGUAGUGCAAAUAUGUGGUGGUAAAUUAUAAAUACAAGUGGUCGAUGAUAACCACUGUGCCCCAAUGGACAUUGUGCAUCUUAUCACGUGAACUAGCUACAGUUUCGCGAAAAUUUAAGCGCAUUUAAAAACUACAAAGUAUUUUAAAUUUCUUAACGUGGCAUUUAUAAUUAUCUAUCGACAAUGAGUUUUAGUUUAUUUCAAUUAUUUCGUUUUCCAUUGACGUUCUAUACAUUAGUCCUUUUAUCUGAAGGAGUACAAUAGCUCGUUACUAGUAUUAUGUUAUCCAAGUACUUACUGUACUUUUUUUUUAAAGCAGAUUGCCAGAAUAUUUAGAAAAUGAAAUAAUUACACUUUUAUUAUCACACGUAAUUAUAAUAUUAUAAAUAGUAAUGUACGUAGUGGGCUCAUUUUUUUUACUAUUGUGUAAUUACGAAUGACCGCGUGUCAUGCUGAAUAAGAUAAAGGCAGAGACGAUGUAAAGAAAAUAAUAAUACAGACAGCAAUGGCCUGUCAGUGAAAUGGUCGUUAAGUUAGGUAGAUUGCAUUAGAGAAAAUGGACAUUAUGUAUUUUUAUCAUUUUAGUAUUAUUAUUACUAUGAUAUCGUCAUGUAUAGUUUCCCUUUAGCAAUCAGCAGUACUACUGAAUACGUUGUCAUGAUACUUCGUGGUAACAUUAAUCAAUAUGUACGUACAUAUUAUUAAAGUGACUUUAUAAACGAUUUUUUGAUAGAUUUUAAACAAAUCCUAAAAUAUGCCGUCCACAUUAAAACACAAGAUAUAUGAAAAAUCGUAUCAAAUUAGUUUUUGUUUGAUAAUAAUGGGCGAAUAAUUAAGGUUUAGUAAUAUUAAAUGAUUCAUAUUGUUCAACAAACACAAUUUUUAUUGACGUGUGUAAACGACAAAAUAGUUUUUUACUUUCUGUCUUUUAAAAAGGUAUUCUAGUGUAAAAGUUUCAAAAGAUCGAUUUGUACAUAUUUCCGCUGUCAUCAAUUCUUACGUUAUUUCUUUAAAACAAUUUACACAAUCAUUAAACAAAUAUGUAUUUAAAAUAUCGGAAAUAAAACAGUUUAAAGAUCUCUUCCACACUAGGAUACAUCUUUAACAAAUGAAAAUUAUCGAUGUAACCGAGCAAAAUUUCUAGAAAACUUAUAAAGCAAUUUUCUAUGCUUAUUAAUUUUUUUUUUUAAUUUUUGUUUUAUUUUAUAAUUCUGCCAAGUACUCGACACAAUUACGUACGUGUCUUAAGGUGAAAUCCGUCUGCAACAUGCCUUUUUUGCAUUUAAGAAUAAGUAAUAUAAUAGCGUUAUUUUAGGAUAAGAAUAAGAUUAAGAGUUUACUCUUUUUUUAUAGAGAGCUUUCUAAAACUUCACGACUGUGCCAAAGUAUUAAUGGGUAUAAUAUAAUCAGUUUUCGACAAUUUCUUGGUGCUUAAAAAUCAACGCUACGUUAAUUUCGCUUAUUAUUACUGUAUAGUAUGUGCGACUGCAUACACGUUAGAAGAGUGUUUUACGGUAAUGAUUAUUAGUUAGUUACAUUUUUUUAGUCUUAAUAUUUGCUCAGUUAAUUUUUUUUAUGCCUUUAUACAUCGUGCUUUAUAUAUAUAUAUAUAUAUUUCUUUUUAUGUAAAUUAGAAUUUUACAAAUGAUCAUACAGCGUUUAUUCGUUAAGAGCUCGCGGCUCGGGAUCGGCGUGAGCUCUUAACGUAAAGGAAACAUAUUUCUAAGUUAUGACGAUUUUUUCCUGAUGACGAAAACGGGAUGAAACGAGUUUCCACCGUGCAGGCUAAACCGAUUUCUCAGGGCAUAGGCCAAAUCGAGCUCUUUGCGUGCAGAUCAAAUCGAACUUUUAACGAAUAAAUACUGUACAUUUAUAAUUAGUAGGUCGCCAUAAAUUAAUUAUACGAUACUUUACGACAGGAGUAACACUUUUCGGUGUUUCAGUGAAAGAAAUACCAAAUGGUAAUCAUAUUCUAUAGUGACAUUAUGAAAAUGUGUGUAUUGUAAACUACGACAUGAGACGUUCAUUACGAAAGUGUUGAUAAACAGAAAUAAACUCGGUGUAUCCUUUUAGUGAUCGUAGAUACGUAAAUUUGUCACGCGUUACAAGAAAAUAUAUAAUCGUUGUUUAACGAGAAAUAUGUUUUCGAUGAUCAGAAAUGGAUUUUCGUAAGUAACGAAUUUCAAAAGUAUGGACAACCAGCAAUGUUUCCUCUAACGCAGGGAGACAAGUAACUUGUGGAAUCUGAGUGCUAGUUGAAUUCUAUUGAACAAUCAGGGGAUAUACAUGCAAGGACGUAAAUGCUCUCAAAAAUAUAUGAAAUAUAAUUUUAUUGAAAUUGUAUAAUGUUUGUACUAUACAUGAAAAAAAAUGGUAAGAAAUAUUAAUGACAUAUAAUUUCAAAAAUUAAAUAAAAUAACUUUCAUUUGACAAUAAGUAGAUGCUAAAUCAGAUGGUCAAUUAUGUAAAUUGCACGAGUGUCUAGCUUAUGUAAACGGAACAUCGUUUCAAAUUUCAGGUUAAUAACAAAUUAAAACAGUAUGCUCUAUUUUAGAAUCAAUAUUUCAUUUAAAUGUUUACUGUUAAAUUGAUUUUAACAUGUACGUUUUUAUUUAUCAUUAUCAUUUUUUUUUUUCAAAUGAACUUUCGCCACUUUCAUAAUGAACGGCUCACAGAAAGGGUAGCAUAAUCGAUGGAAGAAAUAUAAUAGUAAACAAAGCGACGCGUGAAAGUUGUAAGUAAAAAAUGCUAAGAAACAAAGAACGCCGAAUCAAAGAGUACCUUUUCUUUUUUUUUCAUGACAUAAUCAGUAUCAAUUACUGUAUUAAGUAGAUGAAAUAAGACUGUCAUAUAUCAUACUACUCGACUAUAUUCGCAAUGUAGCUUCCACCGAAUACACAUGUACUUUUAAGUCCGGUAGUACGAUACAAUACCUCAUAAGUAAUUAAUUAAUAAGAUUAUACAAUUUUAUUUCAUAUUCUGUAGUAUUAUCGGCAUGAUGAACAUACAUGUUUUGGAAUAUCCAAAAUAAAGUUUUCAGUCGUCUUUGUUAAUAAAUCGAAAGCUAGAAAGUAGUGAAUUUUCAUAAAUACUAUAUGGUUAUCAGAUAACGAAAUUUUUCUAUGUAGCUAGCAAGGAUCUGAAGUUGAAACGUUGUAAUAAAGACGAUUAAAAACUGGGUUCUACUUCAUAAGUAACAUAAGCAAACUUUAAAUAUAUAACAUAUAUCGUUAUCAUUCAUAAUUACGUUUUGAAUUGUUUUCGUGUUCAUGCCCUUUAUCUCUAAAAAUGACAUUACGAAAAGUCAUAGAAAAGUUUUUACUUUUACAAAAUUGGAAAAACGAUAUUUCAUAAACCCUCAAAAUGGUGACUGCAAUUCAGCAUUAUACAGGGUGGACCUCUACUCUACCUAAAUACUUCCACUCUACAUUUUUAAAUACAAAAUUUCCAACAACUUUCGUCUAAACAAUUUUACAGUAUCUGUUAUCAACGUGGGUUACUGUGCAAUAUAGAUACGCAUUUUGUACUGUGUCGGGUCGGCAAAUUUCUCGACUAAAAUUAUGCUGGGGAAAAUAUUGUUAAAAAUAAAUUUUUUUGGUUUUUUUACUCUACGGUGUUACAGAAUAUUAAAAACUAUUAAAUUUUGUAUUUAAAAUGUUUCAAAUAUCUCUUAUGGUUUCGGAGAUAUUACCAAAAGAAUAAAUAAUCAGAAUUAUUUCGAAGUGGUGUUUCCACCCUUAAAACCGUUUUUGGGCCAAAUGGAAAACGGCAUUGUAAU